GCGCGGCGCUCAGGCAGGGUCACUAUGGGACUGAAUAGCGGAUCGGGGGGUCACGGUCCGCGCGCUUUAACUCUCAGAAGGGCACUUUAUUCCGGGUCAGAUCUCUACUUGUGCAAACGCGUUCAUGUUCUCCCAGUCCAGGCUGGAGGACCUUCGGGACUUUUCUUUCACGCUGAGUGAGGUCCAAAUGAAGAUGAGAGGAUGAAAGUGCCGAACCGUCUCCCUCUUUUACUGGGCUGCUGGACUCUGAUUUACCUGGAUUUCAUCCCGGCGUCGGCGCUGGGCCACAGGGGGUCCGCACCGCAGGGGACCCCACAGGAGGAGCCCAUUCAGCUCAGGACGGGGGGCGCUAAGCAGGUAACGGCGGCCCACUAUGGUGCCGCGCUACGGAGGCCGGGCGGUGCAGCGAGGAUCACGAGCAUCAGGACGGGACCCCCGCUGAUCAAAGGGCAGGUGGUCCAAGGGCCCGUGGGGCUGGGGAGGAGAGAGGCUGCGCGAUCCUGGCUGCCAAGAGACGAAGGCAGAGGGGACGAUCCAUGGGAGGUAACGCCGCAGGCAGCCCGGAGCCCGGUGGGACGCGGCAAGGCGAAAUCCGCCGCCAAAGGCGCCCCGGAGUCCGCGAGACCCGCCGCGCACAUCAAAGCCGCCGUUGUCACGGCGCCGAAGACGCCGCCUCCGCACGCGCAGCGCAGCCUCAAAGUCGCCGACAGAGACAGAGACCCCCCGCGGCACCCGCUCGUGACCCCCCACGACUACAUGCUGUCCCUGUACUGGUCACUGUCCAGCGGAGAGGUGAACAGCAGCGCCCUGCACGAGGCGGGCUUGGCCAACACCAUCACCAGCUUCGUGGACAGAGGACAAGAUGAGCGUCUCCCUCAGCUAAGAAGACAAAGGUAUAGCUUCAACAUCAGUUCCCUGGAGAAGGAAGGCUUGCUGGGAGCGGAGCUCCGCAUUCUCCGCAAGAGACAGGCAGAUCCCCGCAAAGUUCGUUCCACGGGUAGCGUGUUCAGCCUGAAACUUUUCACCUGUGCUGCAGGUAAGCAGAAAGCAACCUUGCUCCACACACGCGUGAUUGAGGAGCACGAUGCGCCGAAGUGGGAGGUGUUUGACAUCUGGAAACUGUUCAGGAGCUUCAAGAAUGCUGCCCAGCUUUGCUUUGAGCUGGAAGCCGUGGAGAGAGGCCGCCCGGUAGACCUAAGGGCUCUGGGUUUCAACCGCGUGGGUCGGCAGACUAAAGAGAAGGCUUUUUUCAUAGUGUUUGGCAGGACCAAGAAACGAGACUUGUUCUACAACGAGAUCAAAGCUAGGUCUGGCCAUGACAACAAGACGGUUUACGAGUACCUGUUCACUCAGCGCCGCAUGCGCAGAGCCCCAGCUCCCCGUGGCAAGAAACUACCCAAGAACCCCAAGCCUCGCUGCAAUAGGAAGCAGCUCCACGUCAACUUCAAGGAGAUGGGUUGGGACGAUUGGAUCAUCGCCCCUUUGGAGUACGAGGCGUACCACUGUGAUGGGGUGUGCGACUUCCCCAUACGCUCCCACCUGGAGCCCACCAAUCACGCCAUCAUUCAAACCCUCAUGAACUCCAUGGACCCGGACUCCACCCCACCCACCUGCUGUGUCCCCACACGACUCAGCCCCAUUAGCAUCCUCUACAUUGACUCAGCCAACAAUGUGGUAUACAAACAAUACGAGGACAUGGUGGUGGAGUCCUGCGGCUGCAGGUAG